GAACAGCAGACUCUUGGAAACGCCAAUAAACAAGAUCUUUGUAAACAAAAAUGGCGCCGCCCGUGUUUAGUGACAUGAAUCUUGUUUGGAGUUCCAGUACAACACUCCUUGACAUGAUCGAAAUUGCAAUUGAGUUGGGAUUUGAACGAAUAGCAGUUAACAAGUUUAUUUCUAGCUUAGAAGGCGGAAAAGGGAAAAAACAUAACGAAAAGUUUGCUGUUUCUCAACCAUCUGAUAUUCUACUGAAUGAAGAAAGUUUAAAAUCACUAACGUUAAAAGGAAAAAAGUUUGAACAGCUUUCUCGUAUAACUGCUGUUAUAAAAGAUGCUUCAAACACCCACAGAUUGGGUUCUCCAGAUAUUCAGUCCUAUGAUAUUAUAGCAGUUCAACCAACAAAUGAAAAGACUUUCCAGCUUGCAUGCAGCACUUUAGAUAUUGACCUUAUCAGCCUGAACUUUACAGAAAGUCUUGGUUUCUCACUUAGAAGGCAACUUAUUAAUUUGGCAGCAAGCAGAGGAAUUUUUUUUGAGAUAGUCUAUAGUCCAGCACUUAUUAAUAAUCAAGCUAAAAGAUACAUUAUAGCAAAUGCCAUGUCGUUGAUCAAUGCUGCUGGGGGAAAGAAUAUAAUUAUAAGUAGCAGUGCUGAGAAGCCUAUAGACUUGCGAAGUCCAAUGGAUGUGAUGAAUUUAGCGAGAUUAUUUGGUCUGAAUCACUUUCAAGCAAAAAGUGCCAUUAGCAUCAACUGCAGAGCUGUUUUAAAGCAUGCAGAAACAAGGAAAACUUGUAAAUCUGUGGUUUCAGUUAAAACCAUAACCCCAAAAGAGGCAUGGAUUUUAAAAUUACAGUCCAAAGAACAGCAGCAAGUUGGGUCUAGUUCUAGUCAAGAUGAAGACAGUGAGGAUGAUGAUGAUGAUGAUGAUGAUAGCUCAGCACAAGAUGAACCAAAACUAAAGAAAAAAAAGUUGGUUUAAUUUUAAUUGUUAUUCUAUGCAUGUUUUUAUAAAUAUUAAAUAAUUUAAUCUUCAAAUACGUCUUAUUAAAUUAUUGUAAGAAGAACAGAAUUGAAAACAACAGUUU